UUGAAGUAAAUAAACAACCAGCGGUUCAUCGCAAUCACAUUUUCUGUGAAAUCAUUUUGUUCAAAAUGGCAAUGAGAUCAGCACUGAGUCGAGGGAUCGUGACUCGUUCAAUGGAUUCAACAUCUCGUGGAGCUUCUUCUCGCUUCUUCAGCGGCAAAGGUAAGGUUCUUAGCGAGGAAGAACAAGCCAAAGAAAACGUCUACAUUCAGAAAUGGGAGAGGGAAAGGUUGGAGAAACAGAAGCUAGCGGGUGAUAAGGGUAAGGCGGAGAAACCUACAGAUAAUGCCGAUAACAAGAAACCUGAUGGGACUCAAAAGAAUUGAUUUUAUCGGUCAUGCUAGCCAUCAAGGUCACUUAAGGGAAGUAAUCAUGAGGAAUAAAACACAUUGACUCUCAGUGAACUUUUGUAUUUGUAUGGAACUAUAGAUUGUCUGUUUUCGGUGGUGUGUAGUUUCGUCAAUGGUGAUGAAUGAGACAAUUUGGUUGCAUCCAUCAUGUUUGGUACAUUAUGUUAUGAUGUAAUCCUUCCCUGUGAUAUUUUACUGUGCUGGCAGUGGUAAACGAAUUAGUAAUCACUAAUCAGUAUGCUUAUAGAAUUAAAAAUUGUGAAAUGUAAUGUGAGUUUCACUCUGGAUAUUGAGAUUCAGUUGAGGAGGGAGUUCGGCUGAAGAGAUCGAAGCUACUCUCAAUUCUAUGAAA